GUCCUCCUCUUUAGGUUUUGGGUUGAAGUGAUUGGUGGAAUCAAGAUCAAGCCCCAUUCUCAGCAAGCAGGCAGUGACGUCACCGUGUUUAUAUAACAGUCGUCUGAGGCAAGAAUUUGUUUGUUUAAUACUAUUGGAGUUACGAUAAAAAAAAGGUAUCAAACGGGAAAAUGAUCAUGGAAUGGAAGAUCGUCGUUCCUUUGCUCGCCGUGGCCUUUACCGUGGCGAGCGCCGGUUUGAUCGGAGGCCCCAUGGACGCAAAUAUGAACGACCAAGGAACGAGAGACGCCCUGCAGUUCGCGGUGGUCGAACACAACAAGAAAUCAAACGACAUUUUUGUCAGGCAGGUGGCCAAGGUUGUCAAGGCACAGAAACAGUUGGUAUCUGGGAUGAAGUACAUCUUCACAGUGCAGAUGGCCAGGACCCCAUGCAGGAAGGGAGGUGUUGAGAAGGUCUGCUCCGUGCACAAGGACACACAGAUGGCUGCGCCCUACAAGUGCACCUUCGAGGUGUGGAGCCGCCCCUGGCUGAGCGAUAUCCAGAUGGUCAAGAACCAGUGCAAGCAGUAAAGACACAAUGAAGAGAAGACUUCAAUGAAUGUCUAGUCUACACAAUAACUAGUAUUAUCUAGUGUUAUUUGUUAGUCUUACCAAUGCAGUUCAACCUCCUUGUCUAGGAUGUAUUCAGAGAAUCCCACUAAUAACAGAUUUUCAAACUUAUUGCAUCCCCACACUAAUAUAAGCACUUAAUGCAAACAUUGUUGUCUUGAGAAUGUAGUAUUAAAAUGAUGCAACAGUUAACUAAAUAAAGAGAUGUUUUGGAACAUUUA